CAAAACUUUCGUACCAUUGGUCCACUGAAAUUUCCAAUUUCUUACUCCGUAUUUCAGUUUUCGGCAUGAAUGAUGCGUUCGAUAACGACGCCGCAGUCGCGCCAAAGUCUUCUUCACAUCGCCUUAACUAUUUCUGUUGAUCACAUCGCCGACGGUGAUGGAAGCCACCCUUCGACUAGCCGCCUCCUCCCACCGCCACAUCUCCGUCCCUCUCCUCCUCCGAACCCCUUCUCAGAGCUUCUCCCCCAAACAUAUUUCCACAAUUCCACAUCGUCACCGUCCAGCUUCAGCAUCCCGUCUCUCACUUUCCACGUACAAUGGCCUCCAUAUUGGCAAAUCGUCGAACGCCUUGCCUUCAAUCCCUUCAUCCCCGCUGCUUUCCCAUUCGCAAAUUCUCAGUUCCAUAUUCUCCUCCGACCGUUUCGCCCGUAUUUCUUCUAACCCCAAAGGCACGCCCCUCGAUUGGCAUUUCGCUUCGGAUGGCGAAAAGGGGCGCGGAAUUCGGGGUCUGGGAAAGGACGGCCCGGUGGUGACUGUGGUCUUGCUGGGUUGGCUUGGGGCGAAGCCUAAGCACUUGAGGAGGUAUGCGGAGUUGUAUAAUUCCAAGGGUAUUCACGCGGUUACGUUCGUAGCUUCGGUGAGAGAUGUCCUUUCGUUCGAUUUAGCGAGGAAACUCGAGGAGAGGGUUGUAUCAGUGGCUCAUGAGCUCGCAUCGUGGGUGUCGCAGUCAGAGGAGGAUGGCCGUGAACGGGUCUUGAUCUUCCAUACUUUCAGCAAUACCGGCUGGCUUGCAUAUGGUGCCAUUCUUGAUAAUUGGCGGGGCCGAAAGGAUCUAUUGGACAAAAUCAAGGGAUGUGUUGUUGAUUCAGGAGCAGACCCACACAUAGACCCCAAGGUGUGGGCAGCAGGCUUCACUGUGGCACUGCUGAAGAAGCGUAGCUCUUUAGUAGAUCCUGGAGAAGGGAAUGAAUUGGAUUCUCGUUCCUCAAAAAUACAAGAAAAGAAGUCUUCGUUCGUUGAAACCUUGCUUUUAGAUGGAUUUGAAAAACUUUUCUCUAUUCUUCUGAACUUGCCAAAUGAAAAUCGGAGGUUGGUGAAGAUCAUUUCUGCUCUCAUGAAUGACCAGCCACCUUGUCCUCAACUUUAUCUUUAUAGUACAUCAGACAUGGUCAUUCCUUAUCAGUCCAUUGAAUUGUUCAUCAAAGAGCAGUCAGUGAGAGGGAGAAAAGUGUCAUCAUUCAACUUUGGUACAUCUCCUCAUGUAGACCACUACAGAACUUUCCCCUCCACCUAUGCGUCACUGCUGCAGAACUUUCUCGAGGAAUGUUUGGUCAUGGUUAAGAAACCAUAAGGAUCAGUUAACCGAUGACAAGUUAAAUGAUCAUAGAAGUUACAAUUGUCGAGUUCCUAUACUUAGCUGUGAAUUAAAGUGACCAUUGGAAUGUCUGUUAUCAUUCAUCUUGUUGUGACUGGUAAUGAAGCUGUUUAAUUCUCAUUCGGCUGCCCCUUUGUGAGCAGAGAUGGGUGGAACUAUGAAACUCGAACUGUCCUUAAAGAAGACUCUGUUGGAAUAAAUGAAUCAUCCAUUCAUAUAUGAUAUUAAUAAACUUGUACAAUAUCAUUUAGCCAA